CCUGCAAAUGCUAUGUCAAUGGUAACAGAGACGACGGCCGAACUGAAUCGUGCUGCCGACAGCUCGGCGGUGUUUUCCGCUUCGGCAAUGACUGCCUUGCCGGCUCCAUCUCCGAACACCUGUCGAACUUCCGCCGCUGCUGCGGUGGCCAGUCCGACUGCGAUUAUCCAGGCCUUGACGAAGACAAGGAAAACCCCGGCAUCACAACCAUCGUCGUUGUCUAA